AUGCCGUCGCCGCUCAAGUUCUACAACCUCGUCGCGAACAAGGGCUGCAGCUCGCCCUUCUUCAGCCCGCCUUGCGCCCGCGUCCACGUCGCCCUCCUCGCCAAGCACGUCCCGUUCGAGCUCGUCGAGGUGACGUACAGCGACCUGCGCUCUCAGCACUGGCGGGACAAGCUCGGCGUGCACAAGGCCACAGCUCCUUUCGUCGAGCGCGAGGACGCGACCUUCCUCAUGGACAGCUUCGCCAUCGCCAAGUGGCUCGACGAGGCGUACCGCGACCGCCCGAGCCUGUUCCUCCCCGAGGCGCCCGUCCCGGUCGACGUCGGCUCGGUCCCGUACGUCGCGGCACUCGAGCGCUACAAAGCCUUCGAGAAGACGUGCGCCGCUGGGCUCGGGCCCGACUUUAAGCUCUUUGCGCCGAUCCUCAUUCGCCGGUUCGACCCCGAGACGGCGGCAUACUGGUCGAGCGACGCUCGACUCGGCGACGGCGUGUGGGAUUCUGUCGACGCGGCGACCGAGCAGGACAAAGCUGAGUCCGUCAAGGCCGUGCAGCGUUUCCUCACCCAGCUCUCGAACGAUCACUUGCUCGACGGCCGGCUCUUCAUCUCGUCGGCGACCAAGCCGGGCAUGGAGGAUUUCUUCCUCUUCAGCCACUACCGCCUCCUGCGCGCCGUCUCUGCCUCGCUCGCCGCCGAGCUGUUCGAGACACCUGCGAGUGGGAGCUGCAAGGCGUGGCUCGACCGCGUCCACAAGCUGUACCCGCUCGAAGAGGCGCGAGCGAGGGACCCGAGCACGUAGACGAGGCGGCGAGCGAGUGCAACGAGGUUUUCUCUCUCUUC